AUGGUGAAUUUGGAGAAACUGGGCCAAAAAGAAGUGGCAGUUAAGAGAGUAUCCAAAGGAUCACAGCAAGGGAAAAAGGAGUAUGUUUCCGAGGUAAAAAUCAUCAGUCGUUUGAGGCAUAGGAAUUUGGUUCAACUCAUUGGUUGGUGUCACACACAAGGUGAGUUCCUUCUUGUGUAUGAAUUUCUGCCAAAUGGAAGCCUUGAUCACCAUCUCUUUGGAGGGAAACCAACACUAACAUGGAUAAUAAGAUAUAGAAUAGCCCUUGGAUUGGCAUCUUCUCUGCUGUAUCUUCAUGAAGAAUGGGAACAGUGUGUGGUACAUAGAGAUAUCAAGUCAAGCAAUGUAAUGCUUGAUUCAAACUUCAACACCAAGCUAGGAGAUUUCGGUCUGGCCCGGCUUGCAGACCACGAAUUGGGUUUACAAACAACUGUUGUGGCAGGCACCAUGGGCUAUAUGGCUCCAGAGUGUAUCACUACUGGGAAAGCUAGUAAAGAAUCUGAUGUCUAUAGCUUUGGAGUGGUUGCACUUGAAAUAUGUUGUGGAAGAAGACCAGUUGAACGAAACACAGAGCCAAGCAAAGUGAGUCUCGUUGAAUGGGUGUGGGAGUUGUAUGGAAAAGGUCAAGUUCUUGAAGCUGCUGACAAGAGAUUAAGCAUGGAAUUCAAUGAGAGGCAGAUGGAGAGCUUGAUGGUAGCUGGGUUAUGGUGUUGUCAUCCUGAUCCUUCUUUCAGGCCUUCUAUCAAACAAGUGGUGAACAUUCUCAAUUUUGAAGCUCCACUGCCUAAUCUCCCACCCAAACUACCAAAACCAAUGUAUUUUGCUCUUUCUUUAAACAUGGAUUCUACUUCUUAUACAACAUCUACUGACACUACAACAACAAGAGAUCAAUUCCAGUAUACAUCAUCAAGUAGUUACACAGAUUCAUCUACAUCCGCUGGUCUUUUUAGACCUACACAUAAAAGUUGA